AUGCACAAGGAGUGCCGGCCCCAGAGCCAGCUGCCGCCCAGCGCAGUCUUCGUUCGUCAGACCAGCGGGUCCGUUACUGAGAUGUCCCAGGUGACACCAAUGGAUGUGGACAUGGACAGCCGCGUUCUCGACUAUUUCGUCAUGUUCAUUAGAGGGAAUCAAUUUACUCCACAUUUUGAGUCUAUUGACCUUGAACUGUUGCCAAUUAUGCAACGGUCGCCCCAUCUUCGAUGGGCCGCAGUUGCUAUCGGCGCACUGGACGCCAGCCGCCACGGCUCGGUCAGAUGGCACUCGGAAAGACAAUCGCUCUACUGCAUUGCGCUGAGUGCCUAUUCCAAGUCCAUCAAUGCGCUCCAGGAGGUUCUCACUGCGGGAGAUGCGGUCCGGAAGGACGAUGUGCUGUGGGGAAUUUUCCUCUUGGGGCUCUUCGAACUGAUCUCUCAGCCAUCUGGUGACGGCUGGGCGAAGCAUAUGCUGCACGGUGCUGCCCAGCUCCUGCAGUUAACAGGACCGAAUCAGCCAGUUAACCCCCUACGACAGAGAUUCUGGGAGUUGUUCCGGGGACUAGAGGCCACUAGGGCAAUUCUCUACGGAGAGCGCACGAUGCUCUCUCAGGAUAGCUGGAUGGCCUUUCAGCAGGGUCUCUCUACGGGUCGGCCCGGAUCGUGGGGCUCGAUGGAGAAUGUCUUGACCUUGGUGAUCCAUACCGCGGCAUUCAGCAAACGAUUUUUCGACCUCCUUGGGGGAAUCUCCGAGCCGUACCGACUACCGGACGACUUGGUACAGGACCUGGGAAUCAAGGGACUAAACAUCCAGACUAGUAUCUACGAAUGGCACGCUGAAGCUCUACGCCGGCUGCCAGCCUCGGGCGAAGACCCGCAGUUCCAGCUGGCCCUCGCCCACUACCAUGCCCUUCUUCUCUUCCUAUCUAGUAACUACGGCUACUAUCCACACUGGGACACUAUACCCGCACCGAUCUUGCCCCAGACUGAAAUAGAUCGUCAUGUCGGUGCAAUCCUGCAGCUGGCUGAACAGAUUUUAGACACGUCCAGAAUUCCCGGUGUCAUGCUCUUUUUCCCGCUGCGGGUCGCGGGAACGCAGGCUCUGUGCCAGUCUCAGCGGUCGAAGAUCUUGGCGCAUCUGAAUCGAGUGCAUCAGAAGGGGUUUCUUGUUUCGAAUCAAAUCUAUGCUGACCUCGUCGAGCUCUGGGAGUAUCAGGGCUUGAAGUACUAG